ACCAACUCCAAGGCUGUUUCUCGGACGUUCCCUCAUCGCACGUCCGCCGCCAUCUUUGUUGCAGCAGCAGCAGUAGUAGUCCGCUGGUUGUAGGUUAUUUACAGAGCACCGCUGUUUACUGCCGUGUAAGUGUCUAGAUGAUGAGGCACAGCAGUCGUUCUCAAUAUUCUGGUUGGGAUGACAAGGAGUACAUGGAUUUAAAAAAAUACAGCAGAUCUUGUAAAAGAAAAAGACUGCAUAGCAAUGAGCAAGAAAACAGAGCCCACAAAAGCAGCUAUGGUUUGAAGUCAUCUGAUUACCAAUACCUGGAAGACAGACCUGUGAGCAAGAAAUACCAUCACGACAGACGAUAUGUGGAGUUCAGGCGUAACUACAAAGACUAUGACCGUGAUAGUAGGCACUUACACAGAGAUUGCGAAAGUUAUCACACUCACUGCAGCAAAUCUUCUGGACAAAGUGGAAGAAGCAGUCACCAAAGGAAACACAAGAAACACCAUGCUUCACGUCAUGUGUCACAUUCGAAGAGCCACCGAAGGAAAAGAUCCAGGAGUGUUGAGGAUGAUGAGGAGGGUCACCUGAUCUGUGAAAGUGGAGACCUACUAAGAGGAAGAUAUGAGAUUGUUCAUUCUUUGGGAGAAGGAGCAUUUGGGAAAGUAGUGGAAUGUAUAGAUCAUAUGGGUGGAGAUGUGAGAGUCGCAAUUAAAAUAAUAAAAAAUGUUGAAAAAUACCGUGACGCAGCCCAAUCUGAAAUUCUUGUAUUGGAGCAUUUGAACAAACAAGAUCCAGAAAACACAUUCCGUUGCGUUCAGAUGAUUGAAUCGUUUGUUCACCACGGUCAUGUGUGUAUUGUUUUCGAACUGCUUGGACUAAGCACAUAUGACUUUAUCAAGGAAAAUAGCUUUUUACCUUUUCCAGUUGACCAUAUAAGGAAUAUGGCUUAUCAAAUCUGCAAAUCUAUAAAUUUUUUACAUGACAACAAACUUACACAUACAGAUCUAAAACCGGAAAACAUCCUUUUUGUUCAGUCUGAUUAUGUAGUCUCCUAUAACUCUAAAAAAAAAAGAGAUGAACGCUGUUUGAAAAAUAGUGAUAUCAAGAUUGUUGACUUUGGCAGUGCCACCUAUGAUGAUGAACAUCACAGUGCUUUGGUUUCUACAAGACACUAUAGAGCUCCUGAAGUAAUAUUAGAAUUAGGUUGGUCGCAGUCUUGUGAUGUUUGGAGCAUAGGAUGUAUAUUGAUAGAGUAUUAUCUCGGGCUGACUGUGUUUCAGACACAUGACAGCAAAGAACACCUAGCAAUGAUGGAAAGAAUUCUGGGUCCGUUGCCACUUCACAUGAUACAGAAAACUCGAAAACACAAGUAUUUUUAUCAUGACCGUUUGGAUUGGGAUGAGCAUAGUACUGCUGGAAGAUAUGUUAGGAAGCGAUGCAAACCUUUGAAGGAAUUCAUGUAUUGUAAUCAUCAGGACCAUGAACAGUUAUUUGAUCUAAUACAGAGAAUGUUGGAGUAUGAUCCACACAAAAGAAUAACCUUACAAGAAGCACUGAAACAUCCUUUUUUCACCAAACUAAAAGACUAAUUUUGCACUUUUUUGAUUCUUUUAUUAGAAUUGAAUGCUCUAAUCGCUUUAAAUAUUUGUACAGUUUUGUUUUGAUUUUUGCUGAAGUCUUAAUUAUUUUUGUAUAAUUUUCAUUUGUAUAAAUACAUUGUAAAACUUGUGUACAUUUUAUUUCUA